AAAGUCUAAAGUUAGCUCAAGGGUUGGGUGCAGUGCAGCACCGUCAGCAGUGAAUGGGCGACAUUGUACGCUUGGAACCAUACUCGUCUUUCAGCCACCCAGUCCCGUCCACAGCCAGCCGCUGGCUGUUCCUCGGGUUGUUAACGUCCACGUAUUUCUGGCAUUGGGCUCCAUGCCCCAUUGUGUUCGAGCUCCUCGUGACGAUGGGCGGUGUGCUCUUCUUGCACCCUGCACCCUUUCAUUAGCCAGACACUCCCCGAACAUGUACCCCCCAUCCACCCAACGGGUUCGGGGCGAAACACGCAAACACCCCCCCCAAUAAUGCAACCUCAACACCAGAGAAAAAAACACGGAAAUAUGUGCAGCGGCCCCAUAAUAGGGUUGAGGGAGCACCACCCUCCGCAAAGUCUGCUGCCCGCCAACCUUUCUCCCCCUGGGUCGGUUAUGGACGUUUGUUGAG